CGGAAAUACUUCGGGUGCUUGAUGUAUCAGUCGAUAAUCCUCCGUCAAGUGUUAUCAGGCUAUCGUUACGAACCUCAUAUCAGAUUACAAAAUUUGCGAAAUUUGGACUUGACGCGAAAGCAUUCUCUUCUACCGGACAGGACGAAUAGCUAGAAAAGAAGAACAAUUUCAAGUUCGAUAGCUCUAUUUUCAGAUAUCAUAGCCAUAAAUACAAGUCAAGAUGUUUAGUGUAYCGCAUUUAUUAUCCAAUGCCUUUAAGUCACUGCAGACCAACCUCUCUGGAGCAGAUGAGGUUGAAGAACUUCUUAAGUCUUAUGAUCUCCCAAAGGAAUCACUAGUUGAGGUUAUGAGGAUUCUGAGGUGUGACAUGGACAAAGGAUUGUCUGCAGAUCCUAAUAUCAGGGCUGAAAGCCCAAUCAAAAUGCUACCGACAUUUGUACGUUCAAUACCAGACGGAACCGAGUCAGGAGAUUUUCUAGCUCUAGAUCUUGGAGGGACAAACUUCAGGGUCUUAAUUGUACAGAUACUUCACGGCAAAGUACAAAUGGAUAGUGAAGUUUUUCCACUCAGUAAAACAAUCAUGACCAGUGAUGCCAUCACUCUCUUCGACUACAUUGCUGACUGUAUCAUGCUCUUUGUCAAAAAGAAAGGACUUAAAGAUAAAACACUUCCUCUUGGAUUUACCUUCUCCUUUCCAGUAGAACAGUUUAGUUUGGUAUCAGGGAAUUUAAUYCGUUGGACCAAGGGUUUCAGUGCUGUUGGGGUUGAAAAUGAAGAUGUGGUCAAGCUACUCAAAGAUGCUCUGUCAAGGAAAAAGAGUGAAUCUGUUGAGGUUGUUGCACUGGUAAAUGACACCACAGGGACAAUGAUGUCAUGUGGUUUUGACGAUCGCAAUGUCGUUGCUGGUCUAAUCCUGGGAACGGGCACCAAUGCCUGUUACAUGGAGAAACUAGACAAGGUAGAGAAGUGGACUGGCGAUCAGAACGAUCCUAGACAAGUUAUCAUUAAUACAGAAUGGGGAGCAUUUGGAGACAAUGGACUUUUGAACUUUAUUGUUACUGAUCAUGACAAGAAUGUGGACAGUGGUUCUAUUAAUCCUGGACAGCAAAUCUUUGAGAAAAUGAUMUCAGGAAUGUACUUGGGUGAGCUUGUCCGUCUUGUCUGCCUUGAUCUCCACAAAAAAGGACUUCUGUUUAAGGGAAAGAGCUCYAAGAAACUAGAAACCAAGUGGGGAUUCCUCACAAAAUUUGUGUCUGACAUUGAAAGUCAUGACAAAGCGAAAAUUCGACAGACAGUCCAAGAACUUGGAAUUGAGGGYUCUGAGGAGGAUUAUGAGACAUUGAAGAAAGUCUGUAGUGCAUUGUCUCAAAGGGCAGCACGUCUGGCGGCAGCAGGUCUUGCAACUAUUGUUGAGAAAACUGAGACAUAYGAAAGCACCAUCGCUGUGGAUGGCAGCCUGUUCAAAUACCACCCUCAAUUUAAAGCUUACAUGCAAGCAACUAUUAAAGAACUACUACCAACAAGCAACAUCAAGUUGAUGCUAUCUGAGGAUGGUUCAGGCAAGGGUGCAGCUCUGAUAGCAGCUGUUGCCGCAAGGAUUUCCAAAUCACAUGCAUAAGGAAUGGAUUGAUUUUGAGUUAAUGAGCAUUACAACCGUAUAUAGCACACUCAAUAUACAGUGCACACCCAUCACAACAGGGUUGUGGUGUUUUACACAACCCAAGAAACAAAACAAAAACAGAAGGAAUCUUACCUUUGUUAUGUCAGGUACAUUCAAAAUGUAUAGUAGAGAAUGGGGAGGAGGAAAAAAACAUGGAUUUGAAUAUAAUACAUCAUAAUAAAUGUAUCUGUUUUAUACAGCUCUUUAUGUCAGUCAUUGUUGCUGCCAUUAUUUCAGUUUAAAUGCCAGCAGAUCUAAAGUUUGGCAAGCAAGAUAUUUGGUCAAAGAUUAAAAUAUUUUCUCAUUCAGUCACUAUGAACAAUGAGGGUAAKACCUAUGCUUACCCUCUAAAUUAUUUGUUUCCAUUGAUAUUGUGAUCAACCUACAACAUUCAGUAUUACAUUAAUGUUAGUCCAAUAAUAGAAUAAGAAAAUUCUAUUGUCUUAUUUUGUUUACUGUGAUUUUAAAAUUACAAGACUUUGUUUGACUUGGGAUUAAAAUCAUUUUAAGAGUU